AUGGCCGACGGAGCGUCGGGUAUCGAGUUACUAGACAAACGUAACUACGAUGUCUGGCAAUUGAGGAUGAAGUCCAUCCUGGUGAAACAUGACCGAUGGGGUUAUAGAAAAUGUAAGUUGAACGGUAGCAAACUAUGUUUCAUAUGUGGAAAAAUUGGUCAUUGGGCAGCUAAGUGCCCUGAACGACAACAAAAUUCUGCGAGGAGCGUCGAAUCGUCGGAAGAGACCCACUAUGUCGUGGAUCAACCUGAGGAGGCCCACAACGUGACUUCAAGGUCGAGGUGGUGCUUAGAUAGUGGAUGUACCACGCACAUGUGUACUAGCGACGAAUUUCUGACUGAUAUCCAGGAGUGUGAGAUGACGCUGAACAUGGCGAAUGCAGCUUCAACGAAGGCGAGAGCUAAAGGGCUUGCUCACAUCAAGGCGAAGACAGACACAGGUAAUAUUGAUCUAAAUCUUCGUAAUACCUUACUUGUUAAAGAUCUGAGGACUAAUUUAAUUUUCGUAUCGAAAAUCACUCGGAACGACCGAGAGAUUUUAUUCAGGAAGGACUACGUCAUCGUCAGGGACCUGAAUGGAGAGGUGAAGUUAGUCGCUGAUCACAUAGGAGACCUGUAUUACCUACGGGAGCAGACGGAACAAGUCAAGGCAGUGGAAAAGGCGUCGGAAAGAGCUAGUACGUCGGAUUUAGACCUAUGGCAUGCAAGGUUAGGACACUUGCAUAUGGAUGACGUAGUUAACCUGUUUCACUUUGGUUUUUCGAAUUCAGAUGAUCCAGAAGGCUGUUGUGAUGGUCACCGCGAAGUACUACUCGCGGGAGAGGAUCCAACGAAUAUGGCGAUAUUUUAA